GAAAACUACUAUAAACUAUUAUUAUCUACUUCUUGCGUUGCAUCUCUUAAGACAGGAUAAAUCACUAAAAGCUUUUUAAUCCUGCCGAACUUUUGGAAAAGGUCCAAAUCACCACGUCCUACAUCCACAGUUUUUCAAAACUCCCCAGUCAGCCUCGUUUACAGCUGCAAAGUCGUGCCGUGACUCUCCUCCUCGUAAAUUCUCAUUCAUGUAAUCAGCGUUAAAAUAAUUAAGCUGUGGAUUUUAUUUCUGUUUUUCUGAAAGGAUUUAUUUGUUAUUAUUAUUGAAUUUUUAUGUAAUUUUGGUUGUAAAAAGUUUUAUUAUUGCUUGGGACAUUAUUGCUAUAAACAAUAUUUCAAGCCACAAAAAACCAACUUAAAAAAAUAAAAUGAGCUAGAUUUUAGUGUUAAGAAGCUUAAUUUUCCGAAGAACAUUAAGUGAUGUGUAAUUAAAAUGACAGUUAGUGUACGUUUCGCGUAUCGUCAGGAUGCAACGAAGGGAAACCGGGAGACCUAGAGUGAGGGCCGGGCGUUCUGUUAAUAUCCGGGAUUGGCAGAAACAAGGGGAAGUACUGUCUACCUGGAAUGAUGAGUUGUGCAGUAGUGAAUCCCUUCCUGAGGUAGAGAUCAUCAGUCUUCUAGAGGAACAAAUUCCUCGGUACAAGCUACGGGCUGAUACUCUUACUAAAUUCGGAGGUUACACAAAUCAGGAUUGGUUCAUACCAUCACCAGCGCUGCAAAUAGACGAAGCAGACCUGAAAUUAUCUCCGGAUCAAAUCCGAGAAACGCUAAACUAUUUCCUUCUAUGUAGUAACCGUGUGAGCCAAAUGACAAAAACCUACGAUGACAUAGAAGCAGUUACUCGGCUUCUGGAAGAGAAAGAAAAAGACUUGGAACUGACUGCAAGGAUCGGAAAAGAACUGUUACAGCACAAUAAUAAACUAGAAAAUACGGUAGCCUCAUUGGAAACCGACUUAAAAGCCGCGCACGAGAAAAUCACACAGCUCAGCCAUGAGGUACAUAAGAAGACUGAACUUAUCCAAAUCCUUACCAACGACAUGGACGAGUCCAUGUUUGAAACCGGAUCCUCCGGACGGAUCAACUUGGAGCUUAUGAAUAAAAGAAUCGCAUCUCUACAAGAUGAAAACAAAGCGCUAAAAACGGAAUAUUGUCAUUUAGCGGCCUGCGCUGACGAUAUUGAAGCUCAAGAACAAAGGCUGUUGAAAGAUUUGACUGGACAAUUAACUUGUGCAAAUUCAAGCAUGGGUUAUCUGGAGGAUGAGCUAGAUAGGACAAAAGAAGAAAAUCGGAUGCAACACGAGCAAAUAUUGUCAUUGCAGGCGCAACUACAAGAUACCGAAGAUAAACUUAGAAAACUAUUAACUGAUAACGAUGAAAUGGCCGGCCUACUUCAAAUUACUAAAGAAAACCAAGGCAGUUUGGCAGUCGAACUUUCAGAAUUCAAAGCUAGAUAUUACGAAGUAGAAGCUCUACUGCGCGAUGCACAAGAACAAAUUAGGAAACUCAGGAAAAAGCAAAUGCCCGGUGCUAGAAUAAGCAUGUUUUCAUCGUUGGGGGCCACUGGAAUAGCUCCAUUUGAUAGUUUGCAGAACGAACUGGAAAUGUCCAUGCAUUCACACCUAAGUUUGGAUUCUGGAAUAUCUAAUUCCACUGAUACAGCAUUGCCUCAAUACAAAAAAGUCUUUGAAACCGUUCGCUGUGCUUCUCAAAAUUCUCUCGGCAGUGCGGAAAGUUUGGGUAGCCUACAUUCCUCGAUGGGAGGUUACGUCAGUAGUUCUAGUAUGCCUGGAGGGACUGGUCCCCGUAUGAGUGUAAUGUCACAGGGCGGCCACAGUAGCUAUUCUGGACACAGCGGAUAUGGGGCACAUAGAAGACCUUCUUCAUCAAUUUACAGUAGCAGUUCCUUAGGAUAUCCCAGCUUAGACUCAGCGGGACAUUCAGAUAAUGAUUCUAUGCCUACUACAGAUUCAGAGGAUGGAUAUCCUGGAGGACCUCAAAAGGGCAUUCCAGGCGUUCCCGGUGCCACCGAACUGGAAGCAGCCCUCCAAAGACUAACUCCUGGCGCUGUCUUGGCUCGUAGGGCCAACCUGCAAACAAUGCCUAAUUAUGGCGGUUACGAAGGCGAUUCUUUUCUUCCGUUCGGUUGUCGCACUCCUGAUAGUCUGAUGUCAACGGGCUCUGGAAACUACUACACUGGAGGUUGGAAAUUGCCAGAAAAAUUACAAAUCGUCAAGCCUAUGGAAGGAUCGCAAACAUUGCAUCAUUGGUCUCAACUCGCACAGCCUACUUUUGGAGGAUUGUUGGAGGAAAGACCUGGAGUUAAAAUAAGAGGUGGCAAAGAAUUAGAAGAGAUGGGACUAGAAUCUUACGGCCUAAGCGACUUAGAAGAAGACGAGGAAUACACAAAUCCGGGCAAACUUUUCGACUCCUCCCUACAUACGUUCACAUAUACUAACAGCACAGUAAUGCAUCCGGACGAUGGAACUUUCGUUUCGCCCAGCACCAGAGGUAGCCGAGUGGUCUCAGAGUGUACCAGCAUACAAAAUUCGCCUCCUCAAACACCGAUGGGAUUGAGCAGGCGAAAUUCCUGCAGUACGUUUUCAACAACUUUGGGGUUAGCUAAGAUGCUUAACGAACGAGGUAUCAAAGCAGCUACACCCUCUGCCUUCAACACGCCAAGUGGUGCCAACAGUUUCACUCCAACUGCCACGCCACAUAACAGCCCCGACGGUACGCCAAUGAGCACUCGACCAGGUUCGCCAGAACCCUAUGAGGCCUUCAGUUUGCCCCAGCUACUUCUUAGCUCAGUGCCGCAGUUCCUUAGAGAUACUGUGGGCGGCGGCGGCGGCGGAGCCAGCAAAAAACUUAGCUUUAGCAAAUCGAAAAGAAGGGCCGCACGACAGGAUAAGCAAGAGAGCAUUGUUGGGCAAAUAGAGAAGUUUGGUAUUUCAAACCUAAUGACAGGCGGGCCUGGUGCCUUGUCGAUAUCCGGAGGAAUGUACGCCAGACCUGCCCUAACUAGUCCCAUGGCCCAAUUGACUUGUUUGCUUCCUAGUCAUAGUUCUGAAGACUUACCUGGGACUAGUGAGAAGUCCAAUAUCGAUCGAGUAACAACAACACCACUUACAAAACCUAAGCCUGACCUCGGAGUACCAGGUAAGCCGGGCAGUGGCGCCCUCAAUCGUCGUCUAGAGCAAAUGAGCGCCAGAAAACAACGAAGACAAGGCGGAACGGGUCAAACUCGGCCAGAUUUGGGCACAGUGUCGACAAGGAAAAGUCCAGAACCGGAUCAAGCCAGAAGUGCUUCCACGUUGGGCACGUUGAGCAGUCUUUUGUUCGGAAGAAAGGGUGGCUUGUUUUAGAUAGAGAUUUGGAUUGAUUCGAGGGACAGAACAAUUGGCAAUAACUUAUCAUCCAGAGAAACGUGAAAUUAUAAUUGCAUUUAAAAAUAUCAAUGCUGCGUUUAUUAAUCGAUAUUAUUUAUUUUAUAACAGGCAACUUUUUUUUUUCAAAUUUGUCAUUUGUUCUGUUUCUAGAUAAUUUUGUGAUAUAGAUAGAAACGGCGUUAACCUCAACGAAAUUCUGAAUCAUAUAUACAUUUCUUCCAUUUAUGUCAUCUCCGUCUAUAUCUUUAUUAUUUUCCGUGAAUUGAUUCAGACUGGGAUGAUCAAAAUUGAGCGGAUAUGGAUAAAGAAUUUAACUAUUUAAAGAAAAUUUGCGUCUUUAUACACUGCGAACUUCAUGUUAAAAUUUGUGGCAAAUACUCCAGAAAUUUCGGUAGGUAUCCCAAUUUCAUCUCACUUUCUCCUUAAACAAAAAUGUGGACAUGUAUUAGUAGGUAAUAGUUUUUGUCUCGCCGAAUGGACAAAUAAAUAACUAAGAUCAUUGAAAAAUUUAAAGUGGAUGUAGAGCCAAUUUGCCAAUUUUUGAGAACUAUUUCGUUCUAUAUAGCCAGCAGUACACCCACCCCUAAAUUCUUAAAUGGAAACUGAUACUUUUCAAUUUUUUUCACUUUGCACUAUUCUUUCAUAUGAAUGUAAUACCUGGGUCGUUCUCAAGAUAAUGAUCAUUUUUCACAAGACUGUCCUUCUAUUGUUUAUUGUUACGGAGGAUAUUGUGUAUGGGUGCUGCACAUGACAGCCAAAAUUGUAGUAGUUCGUUUUGAAAUGAACACCCAGGUAUUACAGUUUUAAUCAUAUUUCUCACUUUUUUAGUUGGAAAAUAAAAAAGUGUAGGAGACAUGAAUAGUAAGCUAACGAAGGUUAACGCCGUUUAAAUAAUCUUAGUGCUAAACCGCCAAACAAUUACUAAAAGGUUUGAAAAAUAAAUUUAAUCAAUAAUACCCGUAUUUAUAUAUUUAGCAAUAAUUUAUAUGAAGUGACCUAAGCCUUUUAGUUUUGUUUUAUUUUAUUAUACCUUACUUGAAAAGUGCUUUGGAAAAUGAUGGUUAUAUUAUUGGUGCCUGGAUUCUUUUCCCAACUAGUUUAAUGUUUCGCUUUUGGUAAUUCUGCACAAAAAAUUGAUAUUAAUUUUGGUAACUGUGUUAUUAUGCAAAAGCAAAUACAUAUACCAAAUCUAACGUGAAAUUAUAUUAAAUGAAUCAUACUUCUGAUAUUACGAAAUUUGUGAUUUAAUAUUAAAAUGCUUGAUGCCUCUUUUUGUUAUUCGACUAGUUAAAAUUUAUUGUGGCGUCUUUUUAUGCGUUAUUUUAUUGAUCUGAGAGUAUUAAUUAACUGGUUAAUUAACGGUUCCUGUUUAUUAAGCUUGUUUUAGAGCACAAAAUACAUGUUUUGAAAUGAGUUUUUGGUGCUGUUAGGCUAGAGUGUAUAUAAAAGGUUGUGUAUAAAGAACGCUAUUACAGGUUUCUUUUUUAGUUUUUAGUCUAGUUAAUCAGUCAAGUAUUUUUCUUUGUAUUGAUAUGUAAGGCGGCUACUAGUUCAAGUAUUUGUAACCAUAAAACGAUUAAUAAAAAUUUCCCCUAAUUCCGCAGAUUCCUAAAAUCAGAAAUGUUGAGUGGGGGAGAAGUAUUAUUCAGAAAUAUUUCUUGAUCAAAAAAUAAAACAUGAAUUUGAGGUUUUCUAGUUUGAAUUUCUCAAACAAGUUUGUAACCAUUCUCAUACCUACAUAUUACGGUACAAAAACAAAAAUAUCAAUAUAAAUUAGAAUUUCAGCUGUCAGAAAUAUUUUUGUGUAUUUUCCUAUUUAUUUUUUUUUGUCUAUUCUUUUUCCUUUAGAAAUAUUUAUUGAUUUAUUAUUUUAGACAAAUAUCUAAACUAGAACAUUUACAUAAUAUAGAAUAUUUGAUCAAUAUCCGAUACAGUAUCAACGUAGCUGUAAACUAUUUUAUUAUUUAAAGGAUUUGUUGCCUGUUGAAUAAAUAUAUAAUGAA